AUGCCGAAGUCUCAUACGGAGCCAGCAGUCGAUAGGCAAGUCGUUCCCGACAUGGCAAAUUCUGUCGGAAAGCCCUUGGUGGGACCGGAAAAACCGCAGGAACCCUUCGAGUCUUCCACGCCUUAUCACUUUCAUGGGGGAAGCGGGCUUGCUGUAGAUUACGAGGGGGGCGCACAUGAGGAGGAGGAGGUGGAGGAGGAUACCGGUCGCUGUUGUUGCUGCUUUAGGUGCAGGUGCUUGAAAGGCGUAUCCGUUGGCAAGCAUGCCCUUGGGAUCUUUCUUAUUCUAUGUGUCACCGUCAUUUGGGUUGCCUCGUCUGCGUGGAUUCAAUACAUAUUCGGUGAACUCGAGUAUGAGAAGCCGUACUUCUUGACGUACUUCAAUACCGGCGGAUUCGCACUGUGGAACUUGGGCUACCUCAUCAUGCCGUCGUGGCGCCGCAUUCCAUGGGACAACACGGAGAAGUCAGAACCCAUUAUCUUCAUCGACCACGACCUGAAGAGUACAUACGAGGGACCGCGGCGGCUAUCAAACGACAACACUCCAGCUGCUCAAGCAGCAGCUGAAACUAAAGUGACCGAGGAAGUGUCGUUAGUAACAGUCGUCCCACGUGAUGCAGAGACGCUCCUUCCUCUCAAGGCUAGCAAGACGCUCGAGAAACUGAAGCCGUACAGCAAGCUUAAGAUAUUCAAGUGUGCGUGCGCAUUCUGCCCCUUGUGGUUUGCAGCAAAUUACUUGUUCAAUCUCUCAUUGUCCCGUACAUCAAUCGCUUCCAACACAGUGUUGAGCUCCACAUCCUCCAUAUGGACGUUGCUGCUCUCCUUUCUGCUCUUGGGACAACGUAUCACCGUGAUCAAGCUGGGUGCGGUGGUGUUAUGUGUCGGUGGGUCUGUGAUGAUCGCGUUCGCCGAUGGAAAAAGUGCGUUGGAAGGAGAAGGCGUUAGCGGCGACAUUCUCGCAGUUGUCUCUGCCAUGUUCUACGCCCUCUACACAAGCGUUCUCAAGUGGUUCCUACCUGAUGAUGAGCGGUUUUACAUGGGGAUGACGUUCGGCAUGGUCGGUGUCAUAAACCUCGUUUGCCUGUGGCCGUUCCUCCCCGUUCUGAACGCCAUCGAGUUUGAGCUGUUCCAAUUACCCACACCGCAGCAGUUCUGGCCAUUGGUGCUGAAUACGCUUAUCGGGACGAACCUCAGCGAUGUUCUGUGGGCGCGCAGUGUCGUGCUCACGUCUCCCGUCAUCGCGACGCUCGGGCUGACGCUGACAACGCCGCUGGCGAUGGUGGUGGACGCUGUGUGGAAGGGGGCAAAAUUCGCGCCACUCUAUGUGGUGGGAGCUAUGUGUGUAAUGGUGGGAUUCAUUGUGGUGAAUGUCGAGGAUCAUGUGUCACGGACAUGCGUUCUCCGCCUGUACAACCGGCUCCGAAGUGGCCCUCUUGACCAAUAA